CGUAUUUGCCAGCAUAGCAGAGAGAGAGAGAGAGAGAGAGAGAGAGAGAGAGAGAGAGUUGGCACAAGAAUAGGAAAAGAGAGGGAGUGAGUUCAGUGUGUGUCUCCUGGGGAGAAGCAAACAGUUAAUAUCCAGGUCUCCAGUAAACAUCUAUGAGCCUCCUCUAUAAAACAGCUGCUGUGCUACUGCAUGGAACCUCGGGGCAAAGGCAAAAUUAACAGCUUCAAUUGAAGUGAAAUUAUCAGUCUGACCGAGGACACAGAGUUGAGCUCCAGCACAGUAGCUUGUUGCAGCAGCUUGCCAGGAGUGUCAGUCUUUAGAUGCUGAACAGAGCAGAGACAAAGUGAACUGAGAUCAACCAACAAACAGAAAAUGACAGCUGCAGCAGCUCAGGAACUUGACGAGCGAUGUUUCCUGUCGGCACAGUCCAUGCCCAGUCUGAAGGUUUCUGAACACUACCAGGUGGUGAAGCUCCUGGGAGAGGGAUCCUACGGAAAGGUCAUGUUAGCAGUACACAGAAAGAGAGGAACCCCUAUGGCUCUGAAGUUCUUCCCUCGUCGGACUACCUCUCUCACCUCUUUCCUGCGUGAAUAUAAUCUCUCUCUUUCUUACUGCACCCAUCCGUCUCUGACACGGGCCCUGGGGAUCUUCUUUUCCACUCCGUCCUACUAUGUCUUUGCCCAGCAAGCUGGUCUAUAUGGUGACCUCUACAGUGUGAUAGUGUCCGAGAUUGGGGUUGAUGAAGAGUGUGUUCAGAGGGUGAUGUCCCAGCUGAGCGGGGCCGUUACACAUUUACACUCCCUGGGCUUCGUCCACCGUGACAUCAAACCCGAGAACAUCUUCCUGUGUGACAGUUCCUGCCGUUGGGUCAAACUGGGGGAUUUUGGCCUUGCCCGGGCAAUCGGCUCCACCGUCCGCGCUGUCUGGUACGAGUCGCCCUUUUGCACUCCCGAGGUCGAGCCUGCCAAGGCAGCUGAGAAGGAGAUGGAGAGGAGGAUAUGUGAGGGGACAGAAGAGGAGAUGGAGGACAUUUGGGUGACAGUAGAGCCCUGUAUUGACAGCUGGGCCCUCGGUGUGCUCGUCUUCUGCCUCUUAACUGGCUGCUUCCCCUGGGAGGAAAGCACCCAUGAUGACCGCGGCUUCUGCAGAUACAAGGAGUGGUUUGACCGGGAGGCUGGAAAGGAGGAGAAGCUCAGUGAUGGUGAGUGGACUGCUGAGGAGGACAGUUACACAACUCUGAAGGAAAACCACAGGGACAACCCUCGUCCUUCACAGUUUGAGGGCCUCAGCCCACUAGUUAUGACCCUUUUAAAGGAGCUCCUCAAUCCCCAACCCAAACUCAGAGGAAGCCCAGAGGAGAUCCUGAGUUACCUCGGAGGGCCAUGGCUGAUGGAGACAGAAAGGGAAGAGAUGAGGAAGGCAGAGGAGGCAGAGAACGAGGCCAGAAAAAUUAGACAGGGGGGAGGGGUCGCAGAGGAGCUGGUGAGGGAAGGAAGAGGGGAGAGAUGAACUUUGUCUUUAUUAUAUUUUUUAAUAUAUAAAUUCAACACAAAUAUACACCGUAAGGUGCUUUAUUUUUAAUACUUUUUUUAUAAAUAGUGUUGCCAUAGUGAUCCUUUACUUCCUUUGUUAUACAUAUUCCAGAAUGUGUGUAUGUUGACUUGUGUGUCCUAAUGAAAACAAUCUUUAGAUAAGAGAGAUGUUUUGAAUACAAGCUGUAUUAUGGUGCCUUUAAAAAUGUAUUAGAAUUAUUGUCUGAAUAAAAUAAAAUCCUUGUUUUUUGUUAACUUCCUUGUCAAUGGGUUUCAAAUACAGUGUCAGAUUAAGUACAUUUGCUUUUACUUAAAUAAUACAUAAACAUGUGUCUCUUAUCGCAGAAUAAGGACAAAUGGCAUUUUUGGAUGGUACCCGAGGCUUGGUGUAAAUACAUUUUCAUCAUGGAGUCUAAUCUUUGAAAAAUACCAAAACACUGUGCUGUCAGGCGAAUACAUAAACUUUCUCUCUCCCAUUGUAAGUUCAAGGGCCAGCUCAACCUGACCUCAGUGUUUCUAUACUUUGCUGAAUGAACAUCGAUGUUUCUGAUGCAGGACAGAAGGAAUCAUGAGACAUUUUUUAUCUGUUGAAGUUAUACUGUCAGGAGUUUUUUCACUGAUCUUGAUCACAGUUUAAGAGUUGCAAGGAUGUGUCUUCCCACUGUUUUGUUUCUGUAGCUAAACCAAAGUUAUAAAAUUAAAAUGUCUAUCACUCAAAAAAGAAGAAAAUGAUUAAUAUCAAUAACAUCAAUUCCUUCUGGCGAUGUCAAAAAAAAAAUGAUGCUACAGAUUCAGCCUUUAAUCUUUGACUAUCCAACAGUUGUGUCUGAGUGUGAUACUGAUGCCUCUCUAUGACCUACAAACACAAACGAAAACAUCAGCAUUAACAUGACUGUAUCUGUAUCUUUAUUUUUAAUGCCUGUCACUGCACCAGGUCAGAUCUCAUCAGAAUGAUUUACAACAUGUAGACAGGUGGAGCCUCUGUUUACGUUUGCCAUAGCUACUUAUACUGUCAAAAUACAAUUAAAAGGUAAGAG